AUGACGCAGAAAGUCCAAGAGCAGGCUAUGCCAUUCGGUAUCCAGCACACCAAAACCCGGAUGGCGGAACUGUUGGCGGCCGAUGUACUCAUUGCUGCAGGUUCAGCAACAUUGAUAACGCCAGCGGUGAUGAUCUUUGACAGACUCGUCGUUGAGAAAUCCUUCUACAACCAACCUCUCUUCCCAGCAUUCCGCAGACACCUCUGGUUCUCCCUUACACAACCUGCAACUUUCUUAACGUCACGACCCAGUCUGCUCGUCUGGUCCCUUUACACUGCAACCUUCGCCACAGCCAAUGCCUCAGAGACUAUCCUGAGCAAGUGGUACCCGAAGAUCGACCAUGCCAUUGCAGGCAUGACCACAUUCGCUUCAACAUUCAUAGUUAACUCCUCCGUGGGCAUCUGGAAGGACGUGAAAUUCGCCCAACUAUUCGGCCAUGGCAACACCUCCAUGGCACCCACAAACAAUACAGCCACACCAGGCUCAACUCCAACUACCGCCUCCACCUCCAACACAACUGCAUCCCCUAAAACGGCCCGCUCGAUCGGCCGCACCCGCAUUCCAGUAGCAACAUACUCAGCCUUUCUCGUCCGGGACGCGCUCACAAUCUUUGGCUCCUUCAGCCUUCCGGCCAUGGUCUCAACAUCGAUCCCAGACUCCAUCGCCUCACAAGAAUACCUCAAGAUUCUGAUUGCGCAGCUCGCGAUCCCAGCUUCCAUCCAACUCGUCAGUACGCCCAUCCACCUGCUCGGUCUGGAUCUAUACAACCGGCCACAGGUUAUGCCGACCAAAGACCGAAUCAGCCGUGUCAGUCGCGACUGGAUCGGCGCGUCACUGCUGCGCAUGUGCCGCAUUAUCCCCGCUUUCGGAAUUGGCGGGUUCGUCAAUACAGAGGGCCGGCUUUACUUGCAUGAUCAGCUUGAUGAUCGACGGAAAGGGUCUUGA